AUGGCAGACCCACCAACCCCCGAGGAGAUUGCUGAGUUUGCCCAAGCUGAUGGCGAUGGGAUCAACCAAGGAAUCAUGAACCCUGAUGGUUCACGGAGACCCCCACCCUACAACAUGCAUGUGGAUGACAACCUGUAUGCUGAUGUUCGGUCACACCUGGUCCAGACGAUCUGUGCUAGCGUGGCAUCACUGUUUGAUGUCCUUGGGGUCCCUGACAACCCACUCGUACCCUCACCUUUGAGUGGGGACAAGUUUGAAGCCUGGUACAACCACCGCAGGAAGCUUGUGGGUAGGCGCUUCGACUCCAGAACGCUUACCGUUGGGAUGCUCCCACACAAGAAAGCCCAGCUGUUGGAGCUUCUCCAACUUUGGGCAACCCGAGAGAGCUUCGAUCUCCUAGAGAUUGCCCAUCUACUCGGGACACUGGAAAACCACACCAAGUAUGCAAGGUGGGCACGGUGUUGGUGCUGUGCAUUGCAAAACGCAGUCCGUAGGGCUCUGGUGGCUCGUUUCCACAUUGUCCACCGGCGGUACAACCGACAAGGCCGUGAGGUCCAGCUUCGGCGGGAGCUCCCUAGAUCUUUGCUGGGCCGUGUGGAAUCCAUGAUCCACCGGGAACGAGCAAAGCUCCUCUGGACCACCCGUCAGCGGUUCACUGUCGAUGCCGACAUGAAGGCCUCCAUUGGGCACCUGCUGUGGUAUGUCCGAUCCACUGAGGCUCCGUGA